UUAACCUUACUUUUUGUUGUUGAUAUUCAUACAUAUAACCUCGACACAGAUUUAAAAUAUUUUGAAAAAUUUUAACUAAAAUAAUGAGGGAGACUUCUGAGUUACGUGAUUUUUCAAUAUCAUCUUGGUUAGAAAAAUUUCAACAUGUUACAAUACAAACUAUUUUGGUCAAUAUACCAGAUCAUGUUAUUGAAACAAUUGUAAACAGUGAAACCGAUAACGAUCUAGAAGACGUAUUUCCUCCAGAGUGUCUAGAUGAGUUGAAAAAUGCCAUAAACACCCUUAAUAAUAAAGCUUUUAUUAAAAAUAAUUGGCAUGCACCAAUGGAUGCAAAGAUGUUUAGUUUUGGGAAUGAUUUGAAAGUUUCUAAUAUUGAUGAUAUCUUUUUAUUUUUACAAAUAUCUACCAUCCUUCAAGAAGACUUUUCUAAUGUAAAAGGUGUUCCAUUUUGUAUAGCCUUAAAAGAAUGGAAAAAUAUUCAUCCAGCAGCAGAAUUUCGAUGUAUUGUUAUAAAUAAUCUUUUACUGGGUAUUACUCCAAGAGAUUGGCCAACUUAUUAUAAUCAUUUUAAGGAAGAUGGCCAUGCAAUUAUUGAAAAAAUAUCUGAAUUUUAUAAUAAAAAUAUAAAGUCAAAAUUUGGAAGGGGCAGUUAUAUAUUUGAUGUUGUAUUACCAUAUCCGGGAUCCCCCUAUUUAUUGGAUUUUUCUCCAUUAAAUAGUAAAUCAAAUUUGUAUGCAUUUUCCUGGAAGGAAAUAAAACCUUUAUUAUCCAAGGAGCAAACUGAAGGUGUACCACCAGUUUUUAGAUAUUUAGAAUCUGACAUAGGAAUAAUGACCAGGGCAGAUGCUCUUUAUAAAAUAUCCCAAUGUCAAAACUGAUGUAAUAAUUUUCUAUUAUUAAACUGAUAGAUUGUGCAAAUCUAAUAUAUCUAUUGUUGAAAUAAAUAUUUUUUUGUAUAAAAUUAUAUGAAUAAACUAGAAAUAUUUUUUA